AUGGUGAAUCAAACCUCAGUCAAUGAGUUUAUCCUCCUGGGAGUGACCAACAUCCAAGAAUUGGACCCUUUUCUCUUUGCUGUUUUCCUUACCAUCUACUUUGUCAAUGUGACUGGGAAUGGAGCCAUCCUGGCAGUUGUCAUCUCUGAUCCAAGACUUCACUCACCUAUGUAUUUCUUCUUGGGAAAUCUGUCAUAUCUAGAUAUCUGCUACUCCACAGUGACUGUGCCAAAGAUGCUUGAGAACUCCAUCUCUACUAACAAAGCAAUUUCUUUCUUAGGCUGCAUAAGCCAGCUUCAUUUCUUCCACUUUCUGGGAAGCACUGAGGCCAUGUUGUUAGCAGUGAUGGCGUUUGACCGCUUUGUGGCUAUCUGCAAACCACUUCAUUACACUGUCAUCAUGAAUCCUCAGCUCUGUGCCCUGAUGGCUCUCACUGUCUGGACCAUUGGUUUCUUCCAUGCCCUGAUGCACUCCAUAAUGACAUCUCAUUUGAACUUCUGUGGUCCCAACCAUAUCCAUCACUUCUUCUGUGAUGUUAAGCCAUUGCUGGAGCUGGCCUGUGGGAACACUGAGCUCAACCAGCAGCUGCUCAAUACUGUCACAGGGACCAUCGCCAUGGGUCCCUUCUUUCUCACACUUCUCUCCUACUUUUAUAUUAUCACUCAUCUCUUCCUCAAGACCCAUUCCUGCAGCAUGCUUCACAAAGCACUGUCCACUUGUGCCUCCCACUUCAUGGUGGUUAUGCUUUUAUAUGUUCCUGUUCUGUUUACCUACAUCCGUCCUGCCUCAGGGGGCUCCCUGGACCAGGACCGGGUCAUUGCCAUCAUGUACACUAUGGUGACUCCUGCUCUAAAUCCACUCAUCUACACUUUGAGGAACAAAAAAGUGAAGGGUGCCUUGACCAGGAUGAUCAGAAGAAGGCUCUGGCCAAAGGAAUAA